CGAGAAAUUGUUCGAAUUACGAGUCAACAGGUUUUUGAAACAGUUGAAGUAAAAGGACAAAGAGCGUCGAGCUCCAGCAUGGAUCCAUCACUGAGACACACGGAUGAACACAAGAGGGAAACUACUGCAGAUGCUGGAUCCUGUCAAAUUUGUCAUGUGAUAGCUGGAGUGGCUGUUGCAACGGCAAUCCUCUUGGGUGGACUCCUUUUGUCCUUUGUGUUAUUUGCAGGACCAGAAGUGGAUCCGGAGUCCAACGCUUCAGUAAAGGAGCUGAUGGAGCGACUGCAGCAGUGUCAGAAUGAGCGACAUGAUCUGAACCUGAUGCUCCACACCGUUACUCAAGACUCCAGAUGCAGGUUGUGUCCAGGCGGCUGGCUGUGGUGGAGGGAUAACUGCUACUUCUUCUCGGUGGGACUUCAGGAAAAUCGGCGGUGGAAUGAGAGCGCUGAGUUUUGUCGGGAACACAACAGCAGUCUGGCUGUGAUCAAAGACUCUGCAGAGAUGGAAUUUAUCCAAGCUGUGAUGAGGAAGUUCCCUCAGUUUCCCUUUCUGUGGGUGGGACUGACAGACUCCAAGCAGGAGGGUCAGUGGCUGUGGGGGGACGGGACGGACAUCCAGCACUACAUGCCGGUAACGGUGGACUGGGAUGCUGAUUACAGGGACUGUGCAGACCUGAGAGGAGGUGGAAGACUCUUCGCUGCAGACUGUGAGGCGUAUGGACCCUGGGCUUGUAAGAAAGAGUCCUGACAGGCUGCACACACACACACACACGCUUUACAUUUCUUUAUUUACAGUGUGCCAGCAAAAGACUGAUGUUUUCCACCUUUUUUAUACCUGACAUACAGGUUUAAAAAAAGUCUAAAAUAAGUAUAAAAGAUAACAUGCAAUGUAUAUAAAAUAUUUAUCGUGUGGAUAUCUGAAAGUGCAAGUAUGUAUGUAGAUGAGUGUUUACACUUUCAUGCCUACAUGUAAAUGUUGUAGAAAUUAAA